AUGGGUGUGGAGAAGCGUGCUUCGCACCACACGCAGCGCAAUUUGUCUGACGAAAGCAAAGGCGAUCCCUUCAUCAAAGCACCUUGUGGCGAGCACUUUGUCUGCGCAGACGACAUAGCCAGCUUCUUCGAAUACGCGAUCAACGACGAGAGUCUUUACCCUCCAAAAUGUUGCAACCAGAUUUUCUUGCUGGAUGAGUACAAAGACCAUAUUCCUGCUGAUAUAGCAUCAGCAUAUCACAGCAAGGAACAAGGCGAGUACUCAAUUUUGGCAAAAAAUCGACUCUACUGCGCAAAUCCGCCUUGUUCCCGGUUCCUCCACCCAUCGUCCAACGCCCAAGACGCACUCUCCAGCACGACCUACGGAAUCUGCAAGGUAGAAGAAUGCGGCAGCUGGACAUGUGUACACUGCAAGACACUGCUAGACAAGAACAACCUAACACACACAUGCAUCUCAAACGACACAGACGAAGCUUUCAAGCAAAUAGUUCUUGAAAAGGGAUAUCAACGCUGCUUCGCCUGCGGCGCAACCGUCGAGUUGGCCGAAGCAUGCAACCACAUCAGGUAA